UGGCUGCUUCCCUCUGCUAAAAGGGAAACAAUCUUAUCUGUUACUGCUUACUGCUAAUGCUGCUGUAACAUCCAGCAGGUAAAGUUCCCUAAAAUUCACAGCAAAAAUUUUGGGACUUUUCACUAAAUCAUAGAAAAUUUACCUUUUUUUCUUCUGGGAGCUGAAGAUAUUUUAGAGAAGAAUUAAUCUUUUGUUUCUCCAGUUGAACAUUUCCUAGCAAUACGAGCCAUGCAAAUAGAACUCUCCACCUGCUUCUUUCUGUGCCUUUUGCCAUUCAGCUUUAGUGCCACCAGAAGAUACUACCUGGGUGCAGUGGAGCUGUCCUGGGACUAUAUGCAAAGUGAACUGCUCAGUGAGCUUCACGUGGACACAAGGUUUUCUCCUUGGGUUCCAAGAUCUUUGCCAUUCAACACGUCAGUCAUGUACAAAAAGACUGUGUUUGUAGAAUUUACAGAUGACCUUUUCAACAUUGCCAAGCCCAGGCCACCAUGGAUGGGUCUGCUGGGUCCUACCAUCCGGGCUGAGGUUCAUGACACGGUGGUCAUUAUACUUAAGAACAUGGCUUCUCAUCCUGUCAGUCUUCAUGCUGUUGGUGUAUCCUACUGGAAAGCUUCUGAAGGUGCUGAAUAUGAGGAUCAGACCAGCCAAAAGGAGAAGGAAGAUGAUAAAGUCAUUCCUGGUGAAAGCCAUACCUAUGUCUGGCAGGUCCUGAAAGAGAAUGGUCCGAUGGCCUCUGAUCCGCCAUGUCUCACCUACUCAUAUUUUUCUCAUGUGGACCUGGUGAAAGACCUGAAUUCAGGCCUCAUUGGAGCCCUGCUGGUUUGCAAAGAAGGGAGUCUGGCCAAAGAAAGGACACAGAUCUUGCAUGAAUUUGUACUACUUUUUGCUGUAUUUGAUGAAGGGAAAAGUUGGCACUCAGAAACGAAUGAGUCUUUGGAUCCUGCAUCUGUUCAGGUCCAGCAUGAAAUGCACACAGUCAAUGGCUAUGUAAACAGGUCUCUGCCAGGUCUGACUGGAUGUCACAAGAGAUCAAUCUAUUGGCAUGUGAUUGGAAUGGGCACCACCCCCGAAGUGCACUCAGUUUUUCUUGAAGGUCACACAUUUCUUGUGAGGAAUCAUCGCCAGGCCUCCCUAGAGAUCUCACCAAUAACUUUCCUUACUGCUCAGACAUUCCUGAUGGACCUUGGCCAGUUUCUACUGUUUUGUCAUAUCCCUUCCCACCAACAUGGUGGUAUGGAAGCUUAUGUCAAAGUAGAUAGCUGCCCAGAGGAACCCCAACUACGGAUGAAAAAUAAUGAAGACGAAGAUUAUGAUGAUGAUCUUUAUGACUCUGACAUGGAUGUGGUUAGCUUUGAUGACGACAACUCUUCUCCCUUUAUCCAAAUCCGCUCAGUUGCCAAGAAGCAUCCUAAAACUUGGGUCCACUAUAUUGCUGCUGAAGAGGAGGACUGGGACUAUGCUCCCUCAGGCCCCACCGCCAAUGAUAGAAGUUACAAAAAUUUGUAUUUGAACAAUGGUCCUCAGCGGAUUGGUAGGAAGUACAAAAAAGUCCGAUUUAUGGCAUACACAGAUGAAACAUUUAAGACUCGUGAAGCUAUUCAGUAUGAAUCAGGAAUCCUGGGACCUUUACUUUAUGGAGAAGUUGGAGACACACUGUUGAUUAUAUUUAAGAAUCAAGCAACCCGGCCUUAUAACAUCUACCCUCAUGGAAUCACUGAUGUCAGUCCUUUGCACUCAGGGAGAUUGCCGAAAGGUGUGAAACAUUUGAAAGAUAUGCCAAUUCUGCCAGGAGAGAUAUUCAAGUAUAAAUGGACAGUCACUGUAGAAGAUGGGCCAACUAAAUCAGAUCCUCGGUGCCUGACCCGAUAUUACUCAAGCUUCAUUAAUCCGGAGAGAGAUCUAGCUUCAGGACUCAUUGGCCCUCUCCUCAUCUGCUACAAAGAAUCUGUAGAUCAAAGAGGAAACCAGAUGAUGUCAGACAAGAGGAAUGUCAUCCUGUUUUCUGUAUUUGAUGAGAAUCGAAGCUGGUACCUCACAGAGAAUAUGCAGCGCUUCCUCCCCAACGUAGAUGUAGUGCAGCCCCAUGAUCCAGAGUUCCACGUCUCUAACAUCAUGCACAGCAUCAAUGGCUAUGUUUUUGACAACUUGCAGCUGUCAGUUUGUUUGCAUGAGGUGGCAUACUGGUACAUUCUAAGUGUUGGAGCACAGACUGACUUCCUGUCUGUCUUCUUCUCUGGGUAUACCUUCAAACACAAAAUGGUCUAUGAAGACACGCUUACCCUAUUCCCAUUCUCAGGAGAAACUGUCUUCAUGUCAAUGGAAAACCCAGGUCUGUGGGUUCUGGGGUGCCAUAACUCAGACUUUCGGAACAGAGGGAUGACAGCCUUACUGAAGGUUUCUAGUUGUAACAGGAACAUUGGUGAUUAUUAUGAGGACACAUAUGAAGAUAUUCCAACUUCCCUGCUGAAUGAAAACAAUGUCAUUGCACCCAGAAGCUUCUCCCAGAAUUCAAGGCACCCUAGCACUAAGCAAAAGCAAUUCAAAGCCACCACAACUCCAGAAAAUGACAUAGAGAAGAUUGACCCUCAGUCUGCAGAAAGAACACAGCUGCUUAAAGCACAAAGUGUCUCCUCUAGUGAUUUGUUGAUGCUGUUGGGACAGAAUCCUACUCCACAUGUAUUCUUAUCUGAUCUCCAAGAAGCCACACAUGAAGCUGAUGAUCAUUUACUUGGAGCAAUAGAAGGAAACAAGGGCCCAUCUGAAGUGGCACAUCUCAGACCAGAGCUCCAUCACAGUGGGGGCAGAGUAUUUACUCCUGAGCCAGAACUGCAAUUAAGAUUAAAUGAGAAUUUGGGGACAACUAUAACAGUAGAGUUGAAUAAACUUGAUUUAAAAAUGUCUAGUUCAUCAAACAGUCUAAUGACUUCACCAACAGUUCCAUCAGACAAGUUGGCAGCAGGUACUGAAGAGACAGUUUCCUUAGAACCCCGAAAUAUGUCAGUUCACUUUAAUAGUCAUUUAGGUACCAUUAUAUUUGACAAAAAUUCAUCUCACCUUAUUCAGUCCAGUGUACCUUUGGGCUUGAGUGAAGGAGAUAAUAAUUCCAAGUUGUUAGAAGCAGCUUUAAUGAAUACUCAAGAAAGUUCACUGGGUGAAAAUGUAUUAUCAAUUGAGAGUAAUAGGUUAUUUAAAGAAGAAGGAGUUCAUGGACCUGCUUCAUUAAUCAAAGGUAGUGCUUUAUUCAAAGUUAAUAUCUCGUUGGUAAAGACAAACAAGACAUCAAUUAACUCAACAACUAAUAGAAAGACUCAUGUUGAUGUCCCAACAUUAUUUAUUGAGAACAGUACAUCGGUCUGGCAAGAUACUAUAGAAAGUAAUACUGAGUUUCAAGAAGUGAUUUCUUUGAUUCAUAAUGAAACAUUUAUGGACAGAAAUAUUACAGUUUUGGAGCUAAAUCAGGUGUCAAAUAAAACUACUUCAUCAAAAACUAUGGAAAUGGCCCACCAAAAAAAUGAGGGCCCUGUGCCACUAGGUACAGAAAAUCCAGAUCUAUCAUUCUUCAAGAUACUGUUCUUGCCAGAUUCAGCAAAUUGGAUAAAAAGGACCCAUGGCAAGAACUCCCUAAGCUCUAAUCAAAGGCCCAGUCCAAAGCAAUUAACAUCUUUAGGGUCAGAAAAGUCUGUGAAAGAUCAGAAUUUUUUGUCAGAGGAGAAGGUGGUAGUAGGAGAGGGUGAAUUUACAAAGGACACAGGACUCAAAGAGAUGAUUGUUCCAAACAGCAAGAGCAUAUUUUUUGCUAACUUGGCUAAUGUCCAAGAAAAUGACACAUACAAUCACGGAAAAAAAUCUCAGGAAGAGAUAGAAAGAAAGGAAAAAUUAACCCAAGAGAAUGUGGUUUUGCCUCAGGUAUAUACAGUGAUUGGCACUAAGAAUUUCCUGAAGAACCUUUUCUUACUAAGCACUAAGCAAAAUAUAGAAGGUUUAGAUGAGCAGCAAUAUACUUCAGUACUUCAAGACACCAGGUCAUUAAAUGAUUCAGCACAUAGAGAAGGGAUUCUCAUGGCCAAUUUCUCAAAAAUAAGGAAAGAAGCAAACUUGGAAGGCCUUGGAAAUCAAACAAAGCAAAUGGUAGAGAGGUUUCCAAGUACUGCAAGGAUGUCUCCUAAUCCAAGUCAGCAUCUUACCACUCAACGUGGUAAGAGGGCUUUGAAACAACCCAGACUCUCACUAGAAGAAAUAAAGUUUGAAAGGUGGGUAAUUUUGAAUGACACCUCAACCCAGUGGUCCAAAAACAUGAACUAUUUGACCCAAGGCACCCUCACACAGAUAGAGUACAACGAGAAAGAAAAAAGAGCCAUUACUCAGUCCCUCCUAUCAGAUUGUUCUAUGAGGAAUCAUGGCCUCAUUCAAAUGAAUGACUCUGCAUUACCCAUUGCAAAAGUAUCAGCAUUUCCAUCAAUUAGACAUUCAGAUCUGACCAAGAUCCCAUCCCAAGAGGACAAGUCUCAUCUUUUAGCAUCAGUCUGUAAUUAUACCUUUAUGGAGAGGAGUUCUGGGGUCCAAGAAAGCAGUCAUUUCUUACAAGAAGCCAAAAGAAAUAACCUUUCUUUAGCCUUCCUAACCUUAGAAAUGAUUGGAGGUCAAGGAAAGUUCAGCUCUAUGGGGAAAAGUGCCACAAACCAACCCACGUACAAGAAAUUUGAAAACACUGUUCAUGUGAAACCAGGCUUGUCUAAAACAUCUGGCAAAGUUGAAUUACUUCCUAAAGUUCAUGUUCAUCAAGACUCUCCCCUUACAAAGACUAUCAGUGAUUCUCCUGGCCACCUGGAUCUCAUGGGAAAGAUCUUUCUUCAGAAAACACAGGAACCUCUUAAACUGAAUAAAACAAAUAGACCUGGAAAAGUACCCUUUCUGAAAUGGGCAACAGAAAGCUCUGAGAAGAUUCCCUCCAAGCUGCUGGGUCCCCUUGGUUGGCAUAACCACUCUGCUACCCAGAUACCAAGAGAAGAGUGGAAAUCCCAAAAGAAGUCGCAGAAAAACACAGCUUUUGAGAGAAAGGACACCAUUUUGCCCCUGGGCCCUUGUGAAAAUAAUCAUUCAAUAGCAGCAAUAAAUGAAGGACAAGAUAAGCCCCAAAGAGAAGCCACCUGGGCAAAGCAAGGAGAGACUGGAAGGUUGUGCUCUCAAAACCCACCAGUCUCAAAACGCCAUCAAAGGGAAAUAAAGCUUAGUACUCUUCAGCCAGAGGAAGACAAAUUUGAGUAUGAUGACACCUUCUCAAGUGAAAUGAAGAGAGAAGAUUUUGACAUCUAUGGCGAAGAUGAAAAUCAGGGUCUCCGCAGCUUUCAAAAGAGAACACGACACUAUUUCAUUGCUGCAGUGGAGCGUCUCUGGGAUUAUGGGGCUCAAGGUGGAGAUGUCCCUCAGUUCAAGAAAGUGGUUUUCCAGGAAUUUACUGAUGGAUCCUUUACUCAGCCCUUAUACCGUGGAGAACUAAAUGAACACUUGGGACUCUUGGGGCCAUAUAUAAGAGCAGAAGUUGAAGACAAUAUCAUGGUGACUUUCAAAAACCAAGCCUCUCGUCCUUACUCCUUCUAUUCUAGCCUUAUUUCUUAUGAGGAAGAUCAGAGGCAAGGAGCAGAACCUAGAAGAAAGUUUGUCAACCCUAAUGAAACAAAAAUUUACUUUUGGACAGUGCAACAUCAUAUGGCACCCACUAAAGAUGAGUUUGACUGCAAAGCCUGGGCUUAUUUUUCUGAUGUUGAUCUGGAGAAAGAUGUGCACUCAGGCUUGAUUGGACCCCUUCUGAUCUGCCGCAGUAACACACUGAACCCUGCUCAUGGGAGACAAGUGACAGUGCAGGAAUUUGCUCUGUUUUUCACUAUUUUUGAUGAGACUAAGAGCUGGUACUUCACUGAAAACCUGGAAAGGAACUGCAGAGCUCCUUGCAAUAUCCAGAAGGAGGAUCCCAGUCUUCAAGAAAAUUACCGCUUCCAUGCAAUCAAUGGCUAUGUGAUGGAUACACUACCUGGCUUAGUAAUGGCUCAGGAUCAAAAGAUUCGAUGGUAUCUGCUCAGCAUGGGCAGCAAUGAAAACAUCCAUUCUAUUCAUUUCAGUGGACAUGUGUUCACUGUACGGAAAAAAGAGGAAUAUAAAAUGGCAGUCUACAACCUCUAUCCAGGUGUUUUUGAGACCGUGGAAAUGCUACCAUCCAAAGUUGGAAUCUGGCGGAUAGAAUGCCUUAUUGGGGAGCACCUGCAGGCUGGGAUGAGCACUCUGUUUCUGGUGUACAGCAAGAAGUGUCAGACUCCACUGGGAAUGGCUUCUGGGCACAUUAGAGAUUUUCAGAUUACAGCUUCAGGACAAUAUGGACAGUGGGCCCCAAAGCUGGCCAGACUUCAUUAUUCCGGAUCAAUCAAUGCCUGGAGCACCAAGGAUCCCUUUUCCUGGAUCAAGGUGGAUCUGUUGGCACCGAUGAUUAUUCACAGCAUCAUGACCCAGGGUGCCCGUCAGAAGUUCUCCAGCCUCUACAUCUCCCAGUUUAUCGUCAUGUACAGUCUUGAUGGAAAGAAGUGGCAGAGUUAUCGAGGGAAUUCCACUGGGACCUUAAUGGUCUUCUUUGCCAAUGUGGAUUCAUCUGGGAUAAAACACAAUAUUUUUAACCCUCCAAUUAUUGCUCGGUACAUCCGUUUGCACCCAACACAUUACAGCAUCCGCAGCACUCUUCGCAUGGAGCUGAUGGGCUGUGAUUUAAACAGUUGCAGCAUGCCACUGGGAAUGGAGAAUAAAGCAAUAGCGGACGCCCAGAUUACUGCCUCAUCCUACUUAAACAGUAUGUUUGCCACGUGGUCUCCUUCACAAGCCCGACUGCACCUCCAGGGGAGGACUAAUGCCUGGAGACCUCAGGCAAAUAAUCCAAAUGAGUGGCUGCAAGUGGACUUCCAGAAGACAAUGAAAGUCACAGGAAUAACCACCCAGGGGGUGAAAUCUCUCCUUACCAGCAUGUAUGUGAAGGAGUUCCUCAUCGCCAGUAGUCAAGAUGGCCAUAACUGGACUCUUUUUCUUCAGAACGGCAAAGUAAAGGUUUUUCAGGGAAAUCAAGACUCCUUCACACCUGUGGUGAACUCUGUGGACCCGCCACUACUGACUCGCUACCUUAGAAUUUACCCCCAGACCUGGGCGCGCCAGAUUGCCCUGAGGCUGGAGGUUCUGGGCUGUGAGGCCCAGCAGCUGUCCUGAGGGUCCAGACCACUCCCUAACUCGGGCCCAGCACCCCUCUCAGACUUGCCUUCUGCCUCCGAGCCCAGCUUGCGGGUUAUUUCCUGCCCCACACUGCUCAUGGCGCCGGGACGUGUGUGUGUGUGUGUGUGUGUGUGUGUGUGUGUGUGUGUGUGUGUGUGUGUGUGUGUGUGUGUGUGUGUGUGUGUUGAAACUGCACGGUCCUAGCAGACGCUGCCCUGAAGCUUCCCAAAUCAAUUGUCAUUAACCCUCCGUUUCCCAAGAGCGUUGCAUUCAGUUUAAGUCUUCUCCAUUUGCUGCAACUGCUCCCAGAUUGGUUUUUCCUUCCCCCGUAAUGAGGAAAGUAGGAAACCCAUCUGGAAAGCAUUCUCCUCCUGACAAAUUAGGUCUCUCACACGGCCACCACUUCCUCUUUUGUAGAAAAACAGUGUGUUUAAAGUUGGCAGAAGAUACUCAUGACAUAAGCAUUUCAGAUUAGGCUUCAAACGUUUAAAAUAAAACUCUCAUUUGUUUAUUAUCCUGUGAAGCAUGGAGCAAAACAUGUUUGGGGAUCAUAUCGCCACAGCCUUGAAGCCAAAGGCAAGUCAUUUUAACAAUCUGCAAAAUGUAGAUAAUGUAAAAACCAGUACAUAAACUCUAUUUUUUUAAAAGAUUUUAUUUAUUCAUUUGACAGAGAUAGAUAGAGACAGCCAGCGAGAGAGGGAACACAAGCAGGGGGAGUGGGAGAGGAAGAAGCAGGCUCCCAGCGGAGGAGCCUGACGUGGGGCUCGAUCCCACAACGCUGGGAUCACGCCCUGAGCCGAAGGCAGACGCCUAACCGCUGUGCCACCCAGGCGCCCCCAUAAACUCUAUUUUUGCCUCUUUAUAGAUAUAGGUUUAGAUAGAUAUCAUUAUUUUAGUUGGUCGUCAUGGGGCAUUGUUGGUGGCAUACUCUUACCUCAAAAACCACUGUUUUUAAAUUGAGACUCAUAGUUGGGAAUCAAGAACCCCCCCACAAUUCCCUGACGUUAUAUACAACAUUAUGUAUGAAUGCAUGUGUGCAUUUUUCUGACAAGAGUGUCCAAAGAUUUCAUCAGAGUUCUAAAGGGGUGAAUGGCUUUAAAGAGUGCAAUUUAAUCUCAGAAGGAUGUACAAAUAAAGCCAUUUGGUCUUAAUUCUAAUCAACAAGUAAAAUAAUAGGUUAGGAUCACAGGAGUAAAAUGACAAUGUCUCCUUGAAGUUUGUGCUGACCAGGAAAGGUAAUAAUCAUAACGGAUUUCUAAAGGGCAUGUUUUUAAGAAAAAAACAAGGAAAAUUCCUGGCUAUCUGGGAUAGGAGCUUCAACUGUGUAAUUCUAGUGAUAUACUCAUUUUACUCCCUCCCUCAGCUAAUUUUCUGCUGAAACACAACAAAAAUGAAACAGGGGAAAUUCUAUACCAUGACUGGAAACCAGAAUCCCAAUUACAUAGUUGGAAUUUCGUACACGGCAAAGGGGGCCAUAAACCAUAGAGCAGUUAGAGGAAGCAUCCAAAGUCAGCAAUCCAGAGCAGCUUAAAAGCAGGAGUUCCUAGUAUAAGAGAAAAAUGUGUUACAAUCUCAGAAGAAGUAAGAAAACAGAUGCUUUUUUCCCCCAAGCUAGAGCAUUUUCUAAUAAUCCUGCUUGAUGCUGAUCGGACCUUUUGGGGAAUGUAGCAUUGCUGUCACAGUCUAAUCACAAACCACAACCGAUGAUGGUACAGAAGGUUAUAAUUCUGUAAGAUUGUAAGGUUAGAGGUUAAUUUACAGAAAUCAAUAAAUUGUUUUUCUUAAUAGCCUGGUAAAAAAGUUAACCCCAAAGGUGAUGUGGUUUUAUUUCCUGUAAAAUGUUAGCCACUCUUAUGUCUAACUUAAUGACCCUGUUUUGGCAUUCUUUUCCUAUUGACGAUGUACAUCUCUAUUUCUCAAAUGCUCUUGGACCCAGGCCUUUUGUCUGCCUGCUGGUUUCCUCAAUAACUAGUUAAAUAAAACCAUGGCACAUACAAACAAAUGCCUUCGAGAGUUGUGUUUUUACACUGGAAAUAAAAAUGUGAGCACUGAUAUUAAAAACAAACAGAGGCACUGAAUGGCAAGAUGGAAACUUUAGAAAACAAAAUCAGUGAGUUAGAAUACCAGAUUAAAUUGAGGUCAGAGUAGGAAGUGUUAUCAUUUACAAGAGGUAAAAUAAAAUUUUAAAAAGUUAGAAAUGGAGCCUUGAUCCAGGAGAAGGCUUUAUAGAGAGAGACUGAAAGAGAAAUGCUGUGCUGUGCUUACUGUGGCUGCGGUUAGCAAUACUGCAUUGUGCACUUCAAAAUGUGUUCUUACCACAAUAAAAAUUGAAAGUUCCUGAAAGAUCAGAUUAGAUGUGGUCAAAUAAAACAAUAGGAAAAAAAUUCUUUGGGAUAAAAUAAUAAUAAUAAUCAAACAAAUUUGAAUUUUCAGAUCAGAAUCUCUUAGUGCAAAGCGAAAUUAAAGAAAGGAAAACAGACACGAUUGCUAGCACCAGAAACUCCACACUAUUUUAUAAUCCUGGUUGAGGUAGUUACAAAAUCACUGAGAUAAUAGAAAGUUAAUUAUCAGAAGACUGGGGAGUAAAUUCACUCUCCUAUGACAAAUAGAGUCUCUAACUUUAAGUGAACAAAUAUAAUUUUCUGUCACAAACAUUUUAUCAAACGUAAUCUCAAGGUUACAAGUCAACAAUCUUUGGAAGAUACAUAUUAAAACAAGUCUAUCUUUCAAUGUUGUAGAGAAGUGUAGGGGCGCCUGGGUGGCUCAGUUGGCUGGGCAUCUGCCUUCAGCUCGGGUCAUGAUCUGGGGUCCUGGGAUCGAGCCCCACAUAGGGCUUCCUGCUCUGCUGGGAAUCUGCUUCUCCUUCUCCCUUUGCACCUCUUCCCACUCAUGCUCUCUCUCACUCUCUCUCUCUCUCUGUCAAAUAAAUAAAAUCUUAUAAAAAAAGAGAGAGAAGUUUAGUGAACUCUAUAGACUAUAUAGCAAUCCAGCUUUAUGAUGACAAGAUACAGAUUCAGACUUAACUUUAUUGUUUAUGAAAUGACCCUAACGAUUUCUAACCUUCUUCCUCGACUAUCUAAUCACAGGGUGAUGACUAACAUAGCGCUCGCUCCUAGAAACUUUGUGGGUACAAUUUCACCCAUAUUGCUAACCAAGACUGAGACCAUAAAAUUUCAUUGAGAUCAGAAGACUCAAUAUUACAAAGAUGUCAGUUCUUCACCAGCGGAUCUAUAGAUUGAACGCAAUCUCAGUCUGAGUUCCAGUAUUUUCUCAUUGUUUAAUCAAGCAUGUGGAAAUGUAAAAGACCAAGAAUAGCCAAAAUAUUCCCAAUAUCAGAUAACAUUUAUUUUAUUUUUUAAUAUUUUUUAAUUAUUAUUAAGUAAUCUCUAUACCCAACAUGGGGCUUUAACUCACAACUCUGAGAUCAAGAGUCACAUGCUAUGCCGACUGAGCCAGCCAGGGGCCCCAGCAACAUUGAUUUUAAAGCCACAGUAAUUGAGGAACCUGGGCGGCUCAGUCAGUGAAGCGUCUGCCUUUGGCUCAGGUCAUGAUCCUGGGGUCCUGGGAUAGAGCCCCACUCUCUCUCUCUCACUGUCUCUCUGUCAAAUAAAUAAAUCUUUGAAAAAAAUAAAGUCACAGUAAUUAAGACAGUGGCAUUGACACAAGGACAGAACAAUAGAUGAGUGGAACAUAUUAGAAUCCAGAAGCAGACCCACAUUGUAUAUGGACACUUGAUUUAUGACAAACUAGCUCUCCAGAACAGUAGUACUGGGUCAAUUAUAAAUCCAUAUGAAAAACUGAAAUUUGGGGCACCUAGCUGGCUCCUUCAGUAGAGCAUGUGACUCUUAA